AGAGUGCGGCCGGCCAGCGCCGAUUGGGCGGUGCGCAGGCAGACAGGCCGAGUCAGCCGUCGGAUCCCGCCCCGCUCCCCGCCAUGCCGGCUGCGGGGUGCGCCUGAGCCGCGGCCGCCGGCGCCGGGCGGGUCGGCCCUCGGGGCCGCGCCGGGGCCAUGCGCGCGCUGCCCUGACGAUGCCGCCCGCCGCGCCCGCCCUCCUGGCCCUCGCCCUGGGCCUAGGCCUGUGGCUCGGGGCGCUGGCGGGGGAGCCCGGGCGCGGCUGCGGCCCGUGCGCGCCCCCCUGCCUCUGCGGCCCGGCGCCCGGCGUCCCUUGCCGCGUCAACUGCUCGGGCCGCGGACUGCGGACGCUCGGGCCCGCGCUGCGCAUCCCCGCGGACGCCACCGCACUGGACAUCUCCCACAACCUGCUCCAGGUGCUGGACGCCGGGCUCCUGGCCAAGCUCUCCGCGCUGACGCAGCUGGACAUAAGCAACAAUAAGAUUUCUACAUUAGAAGAAGGAAUAUUUGCUAAUUUAUUUAAUUUAAGUGAAAUAAACCUGGGCGGGAAUCCGCUAGAGUGCGACUGUGGCCUGGUGUGGCUGCCCCGCUGGGCGGCUGAGCAGCAGGUGCGCGUGCUGCGGCCCGAGGCAGCCACGUGUGCUGGGCCCGGCCCCCUGGCUGGCCGGCCCCUCCUGGGCGUCCCCUUGUCAGACAGCCUCUGCGGUGAGGAGUAUGUUGCCUGCCUCCCCAGCAACAGCUCUGGUGGUGCCCUGACCCUGGUGGCCUUCAGAACUGCCCGUGAGGGCCCUCUGGCGCCCAAGGCCUGCAGUGCCUUCUGCUUCGCAGCUGGCCAGGGCCUCGCGGCCCUCUCAGAGCGGGGCCAGUGCCUGUGCGGGACGGCCCAGCCCCCCAACGCCUCCUCGGCCUGCCUGCGCUUCUGCUCCAGCCCCCCGCUGCGCCCUGCUCCUGCCUGUGGGGGCCCCACCCUCCUCCAGAACAUCUUCCCUGCCUCCCCAGGGGCCACCCUGGUGGGGCCCCAAGGACCCCUGGCCUCCGGCCAGCCAGCAGCCUUCCACAUCACUGCUUCACUGCCCAUCAGCUCCACACGCUGGGACUUUGGCGACGGCUCCCCCGAGGUGGACGUGGCCGGUCCGGCCGCCACCCACCGCUAUGUACUGCCCGGACGCUAUCACGUGACUGCUGUGCUGGCCCAGGGGGCUGGCUCAGUUUGGCUUGGGGUGGACGUGAAGGUGGAGGCAGCGCCUGCCGCCCUGGAGCUCGUGUGUCUGGUCUCGGUGCGGAGUGAGGAGACCUUCGAGCUCAGUGUCCGAAAUCGUGGCGGCUCAGACCUGGACGCCACCUACAGCAUCAUGACCCUGGGCGACAAGCCGGCCCAAGUGGUGCAUCCGCUCUGCCCCUUGGACACCGAGAUCUUCCCUGGUAAUGGGCACUGCUACCGGCUGGUGGCAGAGAAGGCAGCCUGGCUGCAGGCUCAGGAGCAGUGCCGAGCCUGGGCCGGGGCCGCCCUGGCCAUGGUGGACAGCCCUGCCAUCCAGCACUUCCUGGUCUCCCGGGUCACCAGGAGCCUGGAUGUGUGGGUUGGUUUCUCUGCUGUGGAGGGAACGGUGGCAGGCGUGCCCCUGGCGGAGGCCUUCAGCCUGGAGAGCUGCCAGAACUGGCUUCCCGGGGAGCCGCACCCCGCCUCGGCUGAGCGCUGCGUGAGGCUCGGGCCCGCCGGCCAGUGCAACACGGACCUGUGCUCCGCGCCGCACAGCUACGUCUGUGAGCUGCAGCCUGGAGGCCCCGUGUGGGAUGCGGAGAACUUCCUUAUGGGAGCGCCCGUUGGGGACCUGCAGGGGCCCCUGAGCCCCCUGGUGCAGCUGGAGGCCCUCUCAGCCCCGCAGGAGGCUGUGGAGGUGAUGGUGUUUGCAGGCCUGGGCCUGAGCCGAGAGGCCUUCCUCACCACUGCUGAGUUUGGGACUCAGGCGCUCAGCCGGCCUGCCCAGCUGAGGCUGCAGGUGCACCGGCCCCAGGGAGGAGCAGGAGCCCCAGAAAACAGCAGUGCACCUGACAGCAGGCCCCUGGAGAACAGGACCGAGCUGGUCCCUGCGUGCACCCCAGGGGGAUACCUGUGCCCCAGAUCCAACAUCUGCCUGCCACUAGAUGCCCCCUGCCGCCCUCAGGCCUGUGCUAACGGGUCCUCGCCAGGGCCAGGACGCCCUGGGGCCUCCUACACACUGUGGCAGGAGCUCCUCUUCUCCGUGCCGGCUGGGCCGCCGGCCCAGUACUCGGUCACCUUCCAUGGCCAAGACAGCCCCCUGCUCCCCGGUGACCUCAUCAGCUUGCAGCAUGAUGCUGGGGCAGGCGCCCUCCUGCACUGCCCGCCAGCGCACAGCCACUCUGGCUCCGAGGUCCCGUACUUCUCCACGAGUGCCUCGGCCUGGCUGACCCGCCUGCCCGCCCAGCUGGAGGCGGCCCCAGCCGGCCCUGCCUGCACACUGAGGCUGCUGGCUGCCACGGAACAGCUCACCCCGCUGCUGGGCAUGAGGCCCAACCCGGGGCUGCGGUGGCCAGGGCACUAUGAGGUCCGGGCCAUGGUGGGCAACAGUGUGUCCAGGCAGAACCUGUCCUGCAGCUUCACCGUGCUGUCCCCAGUGGCUGGGCUACGAGUCGUCCACCCCACCCCCCAAGAUGGCCACUUCUAUGUGUCCACCAACGGCUCGGCCUUGGUGCUCCAGGUGGACUCCGGUGACAGUGCCACAGCCACAGCGCACUGGCUUGGGGGCAGCAUCUGCGCACCCUUUGAGGCCACCUGCCCCGCCACAGUGGCUGCCCUGGUGCCUGGCUGUGCCAAGGCCAAUGCCACCCUGUUCUCAGUGUUGGCGCUGCCUGGGCUCAGCAAGGGUGAGCACGCCGUGGAGGUGGUGGUGGAGAACAGCGCCGGCCGUGCCAACCUCAGCCUGCCAGUGAGGGCGGAGGAGCCCAUCAGCGGCCUCCGGGCCACGCCACGCCCCGAGGCCCGCGUGCUGCAGGGCGUCCUGGUGAGGUACAGCCCCGUGGUGGAGGCCGGUUCAGACGUGAUCUUCCGCUGGACCAUCGACGACAAGCAGUCCCUGACCUUCCACAACGUGGUGUUCAACGUCAUCUACCAGAGCGCCGCUGUCUUCAAGCUCUCGCUGACGGCCUCCAACCACGUGAGCAACGUCACUGUGAACUACAACGUCACCGUGGAGCGCAUGCACAGGAUGCAGGGCCUCCGCAUGUCUGUGGUGUCGCCCGUGCUGCCCCUCGGUGCCACACUAGCGCUGGCUGCCGACGUGCUCGUGGACACAGCCGUGGAUGUGGCCUUUCUGUGGACCUUCGGGGAUGGCGAGCAGGUGACGGGCCAGUUCAAGCCUCCGUACAGCAAGUCCUUCCAGGUCCCGGACCCCACAGUGGCCCAGGUGCUGGUGGAGCACAACGUCACGCACAGCUACACAGUCCCAGGUGUGUACAACCUGACCUUGCUCGUGUCCAAUGCCUUCGAGAACCUGACUCGGCAAGUACCUGUGAGUGUGCGCACCUCGCUACCCGCCGUGGCUGUGGCUGUGGGCAGCCGCAUCCUGGUGGCGGGACAGCCUGUCACCUUCUCCCCACACCCGCUGCCUUCGCCCAUGGGCGUCCUCUACUCAUGGGACUUUGGGGACGGCUCCCCAGCCCUGGUGCAGCACCAGCCUGAGGUCAACCACACAUUUGCCUCACGGGGCAUGUACCAUGUCUGCCUGGAGGCCAACAACACGGUGAGCAGUGCUGCGGCCUGCACCAGCAUCCGUGUCCUUGACAGGCUCCGUGGCCUGGGCGUGAGGCUCAGCCCCGCUGUGGAGCAGGGCGCACCAGUGGUCAUCAGCGCCACCCUGGAGUCGGGUGACAAUGUCACAUGGACUUUUGACAUGGGGGAUGGCACGGUGCUCUCAGGCCCUGAGGCCACGGUGGAGCACGUGUACCUACGGGCACAGAACUACACGGUGACUGUGGGAGCGUCCAGCCCGGCUGGCCGGCUGGCCCAGAGCCUCUCUGUGCAGGUCUUUGUCCUGGAGGUGCUGUGGAUCGACCCCACGGGCUGUAUCCCUGAGCAGCCCCAUGCUCGUCUCACAGCCCACGUCACCGGGAACCCUGCCCUCCACAUCUUCGACUGGACCUUUGGGGACGGCUCACCCAACAUGACCAUCCAGGGGGACCCCACAGUGACACACAACUUCACACGGAGUGGCACGUUUCCCCUGGCGCUGGUCCUGUCGAGCCGCGUGAAUAAGGCACACUACUUCACCAUCGUGUGUGUGGAGCCCGAGGUGGGCAACGUCACCCUGUGGCCUGAGAGGCAGUUUGUGCAGCUUGGGAAUGCGGCCCAGCUGGCGGCCUGUGCCUGGCCCCCCUCUCCCUACCGCUACACCUGGGACUUUGGCACGGAGGCUGCCGCCCACACCGGGGGCCCCGAGGCCACGGUCACCUACCGAGACUCGGGCUCCUACCUGGUGACGGUCACAGCGUCCAACAACGUCUCGGCUGCCAACGACUCGGCACUCGUGGAGGUGCAGGAGCCCGUGGAGCUCACAGGCAUCGAGGUCAACAGCUCCCAUGUGCUGGAGCUGCAGCAGCCCUACCUGCUCUCCGCUGUGGGCCGUGGGCGCCCCGCCACCUACCUGUGGGAGCUGGGGGAUGGCGGGCAGCUUGAGGGCCCCACGGUCACCCAUGUCUACAAUAGCACAGGCCGCUUUGCCAUCAGGGUUGCGGCUUGGAAUGAGGUGAGCCGCAGCGAGGCCAGGCUGAAUGUCACAGUGCAGCAGCGUGUACGGGGGCUCAGUGUCAACGCCAGCCACACGGUGGUGCCCCUGAACAGCAGUGUGAGCUUCAGCACAUUGCUGGAGGCAGGCAGUGACGUGCACUACUGCUGGGUGCUCUGUGACCGCUGCACACCCAUCCCCGGGGGCCCCACCAUCUCCUAUACCUUCCGCUCGGUGGGCACCUUCAACAUCAUCGUCACAGCCGAGAACGAGGUGGGCGCCGCCCAGGACAGCAUCUUCGUCUAUGUCCUGCAGCGCAUCGAGGGGCUGCAGGUGGUAGGCGGUGGCGGCAGAUGCUGCUUCCCCACUAACCGCACGCUGCAGUUGCAGGCCGUGGUCCAUGAUGGCACCAACGUCUCCUACAGCUGGACUGCCCAGCGGGACGGUGGCCUGGCCUUGGCUGGCAGUGGGAAAACCUUCCUGCUCACUGUGCUCGAGACCGGCACGUACCAUGUCCAUCUGCGGGCCACCAACAUGCUGGGCAGUGUCUCGGCCACUCGCACCGUGGACUUUGUGGAACCUGUGGGGUGGCUCUCUGCGGCCGCCUCCCCAAACCCAGCUGCUGUCAACACGAGUGUCACUCUCCAUGUUGAGCUGGCUGGCGGCAGCAGUGUCAUUUAUAUCUGGUCCCUGGAGGACGGGCUGAGCUGGGAGACCCCAGAGCCCUCCACCCUCCAUGCCUUUGUUACCCCCGGCCUGCACCUGGUCACAGUCACAGCCAAGAAUGAACUGGGCUCUAUCAACGCCACCAUUGAGGUGGCUGUGCAGGUGCCUGUGAGCGGUCUCAGCAUCAGGGCUGGUGAGCUAGGCCGUGGCUUCGUGGCAGCCAGCUCCACUGUGCCCUUCUGGGGGCAGCUGGCCUCGGGCAGCAACGUGAGCUGGUGCUGGGCUGCUCUGGGUGGCAGCAAGCAUGGCCAGCAUGUCACCAUGGUCUUCCCUGAUGCCGGCACCUUCUCUGUUCAGCUCAACGCCUCCAAUGCAGUCAGCUGGCUGGUAGCCACACACAGCCUCACAGUGGAGGAGCCCAUUGUGGGCCUGGCGCUCUGGGCCAGCAGCAAGGUGGCAGCGCCUGGGCAACCGGUCCACUUUCAGAUCCUGCUGGCCACUGGCUCAGCUGUCAGCUUCCGCCUGCAGGUCAGUGGGGCCGUCCCUGAGGUGCUCUCUGGGCCUCAGUUCUCCCACAGCUUCCCCCGCGUUGGGGACCACGCAGUGAGCGUCCAGGCUGAGAACCACGUGAGCAGGGCCCAGGCCCAGGUGCGCAUCUUGGUGCUGGAGACCGUGGGUGGGCUCCAGGUGCCCAACUGCUGCGAGCCCGGCAUUGCCACGGGUGCUGAGAGGAACUUCACGGCCCGGGUGCAGCGGGGCUCCCGUGUCGCCUAUGCGUGGUACUUCUCCUUGCAGAAGGUCCAGGGGGACUCGCUGGUCAUCCUGUCGGGCCGCGAUGUCACGUACACCCCUGUGGCCGCGGGGCUGCUGGAGAUCCAUGUGCGUGCCUUCAACGAUCUGGGCGGUGUGAACCGCACACUGGUGGUUGAGGUCCAGGAUGUCAUCCAGCACGUGGCACUGCACAGCGGCCGCUGUUUCACCAACCGCUCAGCCCGGUUCGAGGCUGCCACGAGCCCCAGUGCCCGGCGUGUGGCCUACCACUGGGACUUUGGGGAUGGGGCCCCGGCUGAGGACACACAGGAGCCCUGGGCUGACCAUUCCUACCUGCGGCCUGGGGACUACCGUGUAGAGGUGAAUGCCUCCAACCUGGUGAGCUUUUUUGUGGCACAGACCACCAUCACCGUCCACGUGCUGGCCUGCAGGGAGCCUGGAGUGGAGGUGGCCCUGCCCUUGCAGGUGCUCAUGCGGCGCUCCCAGCGCAACUACCUUGAAGCCCAUGUUGACCUACGGGACUGCGUCACCUACCAGACUGAGUACCGCUGGGAGGUGUACCGCACCACUAGCUGCCAGCGGCUCGGACGCAUGGCCCGUGUGGCCUUGCCCAACGUGGACAUGAGCCGGCCCCAGCUGGUGGUGCCACGGCUGGCACUGCCCGUGGGCCACUACUGCUUUGUGUUUGUGGUGUCAUUUGGGGACACACCACUGGCGCAAAGCAUCCAGGCCAAUGUGACAGUGGUCCCCGAGCGCCUGGUGCCCAUUAUCGAGGGUGGUUCGUACCGUGUGUGGUCAGAUACUCAGGACCUGGUGCUGGAUGGGAGCAAGUCCUAUGACCCCAACUUGGAGGAUGGUGACCAGACACCACUCAGCUUCCACUGGGCCUGCGUGGCCUCGACGCAGAGUGAGACAGGAGGGUGUGCGCUGACCUUCGGGCCCCGUGGGAGCAGCACGGUCACCCUCCCCCGGGAGCGCCUGCAAGCCAGCGUGGAGUACACCUUCAGCCUGACUGUGUGGAAGGCGGGCAGGAGGGAGGAGGCCACCAACCAGACAGUGCUGAUCCGGAGGGGCCGGGUGCCCAUCGUGUCCUUGGAGUGUGUGUCCUGCAAGGCGCAGGCAGUGUUCGCAGUGAGCCGCAGCUCCUACGUGUACCUGGAGGGCCGCUGCACCAAUUGCCGUGGGGGCCUCAAACAAGGGCGCUGGGCCGCGCACACCUUCGGCAACGAGACGCUGGUGCUGGACGAGGCCAGCACGUCAACGGGCAGCUCCGGCAUGCGGCUGGUUGUGCGGCGCGGGGUGCUACAGGACGGCGAGGGCUAUACGUUCACGCUCACGGUGCUGGGCCGCUCGGGCGAGGCGGAAGGCUGCGCCUCCAUCCGCCUUGCCCCGAACCGGCCCCCACGGGGGGGCUCCUGCCGCCUCUUCCCGCUGGCAGCGGUGCACGCGCUCACCACCAAGGUGCACUUCGAGUGCAUGGGCUGGCAGGAUGCAGAGGAUGCGGGUGCCCCGCUGGUGUAUGCCCUGCUGCUGCGGCGCUGUCGCCAGGGCCACUGCGAGGAGUUCUGUGUGUACAAGGGCAGCCUGUCUGCCUACGGGGCCGUGCUUCCCCCCGGCUUCGCACCCCACUUCCAGGUGGGCCUGGCCGUGACGGUGCAGGACCAGCUGGGCGCCUCCGUGGUUGCCCUUAACAGGUCUCUGGCCAUCGCCCUGCCGGAGCCCCCAGGAGCCUCCCCUGACCUCAUGGCCUGGCUGCACAGCCUCGCAGAGAACAUGCUGCCCGGGCUCCUGAGACAGGCUGACCCCCAGCACGUGAUCGAGUACUCAUUAGCCCUCAUCACUGUGCUCAACGAGUAUGAGCAAGCCCUGGUUGCAGCAGCAGAGUUGGACCCCAGGCAACAGCUUCGAGCCCAGAUACGCAAGAAUGUCACUGAGACUCUGGUCUCCCUGCGGGUCAACACUGUGGACGACAUCCAGCAGAUCGCGGCCGUACUGGCCCAGUGCACGGCGUCCAGCCCAGAGCUCGUGUGCCGCUCAUGUUUGAAGAAGACUCUGCACAAGCUGGAAGCCAUGAUGCUCGUCCUGCAGGCGGAGACGGCCGCAGGCACGGGGACACCCACCACCAUCGCAGAUAGCAUCCUCAACGUCACUGGCGGCCUCAUCCACCUGGCCAGCUCAGACAUGCAGGGCCCACAGCCCUCUGAGCUGGGGGCCGAGCUGCCGGCGCUGAUGGUGGCAUCCAGGGCCUACCACCUCUCCUCGGCCCUCAUGCGCAUCCUCAUGCGCUCCCGUGUGCUUGAUGAGGAGCCUCUGACGCUGGUGGGCGAGGAGAUCGUGGCGCAGGGCAAGCGCUCAGACCCGCGGAGCCUGCUGUGCCAGGGUGCCACCUCAGGCCCCAGCUGCCACUUCUCCAUCCCCACGGCCUUCAGCGGGGCCCUGUCCAACCUCACCGACGUGGUGCAGCUCAUCUUCCUCGUCGACUCCAACCCCUUCCCCUUUGGCUACAUUGGCAACUACACGGUCUCCACCAAGGUGGCCUCCAUGGCCUUCCAGACACAGGCCGGUGCCCAGAUCCCCAUUGGGCAGCUGGCCUCAGAGCGUGCCAUCACCGUGAAGGUGCCCAACAGCUCCGACCAGGCGGCCCAGGGCCCGCGAGUCCCUGCCAGCUCUGCUGUCAUCCCACCCCAGGCCUCGGUCAGCGUGGUGGUCGCCCCCGAGAGCAGCAGCCCUGAGGCGGGGCUGCACCUGCAGCUCACCUACACGGUGCUGCACGGGAGCUACCUGCCCGAGGAGCCUGAGCCCUACCUGGCUGCCUACCUGCAUUCAGCACCCUGGCCCAAUGAGCAUAACUGCUCAGCCAGCAGGAAGAUCGGCUUGGAGGCUCUGGCAGGAGGCGACCACAGGCCCUACACCUUCUUCAUGGCCCCAGGGACCAGAGAGCCAGGUGGGACGUACUACCUGAACCUGACCAGCCACUUCCACUGGUCGGCGCUUGAAGUGUCUGUGGGCCUGUACGCGUCGCUGUGCCAGUACUUCAGUGAGGCAGAGAUGACAUGGCGGACGGAGGGGCUCCUGCCCCUGGAGGAGACCUCGCCCAGCCAGGCUGUCUGCCUCACCCGCCACCUUACCGCCUUCGGCGCCAGCCUCUUCGUGCCCCCCAGCCGCGUCCACUUCAUCUUCCCAGAGCCAGCCUCGGGCCUGAACUACACCGUCCUGCUGACGUGCGCCGUGUGCCUGGUGACCUACGCAGUCAUGGUGGUGAUCCUGCGUAGGCUGGACCGGCUGGAUGUCAGUCGGGUCCAGGUCAUCCCUUUCUGUGGGAAGGGAGGCCGCUUCAAGUACGAGAUUCUGGUGAAGACCGGCUGGGGCCGAGGCUCAGGUACCACGGCGCACGUGGGUAUCAUGCUUUAUGGGGUGGAGAGCCGGAGCGGCCACCGGCACCUAGAUGGGGACAGAGCCUUCCACCGCAACAGCCUGGACAUCUUCCAGAUCGCCACCCCGCACAGCCUGGGCAGCGUGUGGAAGAUCCGUGUGUGGCAUGACAACAAAGGGCUCAGCCCCGCCUGGUUCCUGCAGCAUGUCAUCGUCAGGGACCUGCAGACAGCCCGCAGCACCUUCUUCCUGGUCAACGACUGGCUGUCGGUGGAGACUGAGGCCAAUGGGGGUCUGGUGGAGAAGGAGGUGCUGGCAGCAAGUGACGCGGCCCUGCAGCGGUGCCGGCGCCGUCUGGUGGCUGAGCUGCAGCGUGGCCUCUUUGACAAGCACAUCUGGCUCUCCAUAUGGGACCGGCCGCCUCGAAGCCGCUUCACUCGCGUCCAGCGGGCCACCUGCUGUGUCCUCCUCAUGUGCCUCUUCCUGGGCGCCAAUGCUGUGUGGUACGGGGUCCUGGGAGAUGCUGCCUACAGCGUGGGGCCUGUGUCCAGUCUGAUCCCGCUGAGUGCCGACACGGUCGCCGUUGGCCUGGUGUCCAGCGUGGUUGUCUACCCCGUGUACCUAGUCAUCCUGUUCCUCUUCCGGAUGUCCCGCAGCAGGGUGGCUGGGGGCCCGAGUUCCACCCCCUCCGGCCAGCAGGUUCUGGACGUGGACAGCUGCCUGGACUCAUCUGUGCUGGACAGCUCCUUCCUCACCUUCCCAGGGCUGCGUGCUGAGGCUUUUGCGGGACAAAUUAAAAAUGACUUAUUUCUGGAUGAUUCUAAAAGCCUGGUGUGCUGGCCAUCCAGCGAAGGGACGCUCAACUGGCCAGACUUGCUGAGUGACCCAUCCAUCGGGAGCACCCUGCAGCGUCUGGCGCAAGGCCGGAUGGGCCAUAUGCUGGGCACAGAAGACGACGGUCUCUCCCUGGUCAGCCCCUCCUUGCCUACCAAAUACUUCUCAGCUUCUGAUGAAGACCUGAUCCGGCAGAUCCUUGCAGAAGGGGCCAGCAGCCUGGCGCCCACCCAGGACGCUCAGGCUGAAGCGGACCCGCUCCCUGGCCUGUCCAGUGCCCCUGGGGAGAGGACGGAGAUGCUGCUGCUGCAGGGGGACAGGGAGGGGAGGCCGCCCAGCCCUGGCCUGACCUGGGAGCUGCCCCUGUCGGCACAGUUCUGUGGGCCAGGGCUGGUGGAGGGUCUGCGGAAGCGACUGCUGCCAGCCUGGUGUGCGCCCCUGGCCCAUGGGCUCAGCCUGUUCCUGGUGGCUGUGGCCGUGGGGCUCUCAGGGUGGGUCGGCGCCAGCUUCCCCUCUGGUGUGAGUGUCCUGUGGCUUCUCUCAAGCAGCUCCAGCUUUCUGGCCUCAUUCCUUGGCUGGGAGCCGCUCAAGGUCCUGCUGGAAGCUCUGUACUUCUCACUGGUGACCAAACGGCUGCACCCCGAUGAGGAUGACUCCCUGGUGGAGAGUCCGGCUGUGACUCCCGUGAGCGAACGUGUACCCCGUGUGCGGCCCCCCCAUGGCUUUGCCCUCUUCCUGGCAAAGGAGGAAGCCCGGAAGGUUAAGAGGCUGCACGGGAUGCUGAGGAGCCUCCUGGUAUACAUGGCUUUCUUGCUGGUGACACUGCUGGCCAACUAUGGUGAUACCUCAUGCCACAGCCACGCCUACCGUCUGCAGAGUGCCAUCAAACAGGAGCUGGACAGCCAGGCCUUCCUGGCCAUCACCCGGUCUGAUGAGUUCUGGCCCUGGAUGUCCCGCGUGCUGCUCCCCUACGUCCACGGGAACCAGUCCGACCCAGAGCUGGGGCCCCCACGCCUGCGGCAGGUGCGGCUGCAAGAAGCACUGUGCGCAGACGCCGCCGGCUCGGGGGCCAGCCCAUGCUCAGCAGCCGCAAGCAGCUUCAGCACCGGCCAUUUCGGCACUGGCUGGGGCAGCACUGCCCGCAACGGCUCUGCGGCCUGGGCCUACUCGGAGCCCGACCUGCUGGGCGUCUGGUCUCGGGGCUACUGCGCCGUGUACCACAGCGGGGGCUACGUGCAGGAGCUGGGGCCGAGCCUGGAGGAGAGCCGCGCGCGUCUGCGCUUCCUGCGGCUGCACAACUGGAUCGACAACAGGAGCCGCGCCGUGUUCGUGGAGCUCACGCGCUACAGCCCGGCAGUGGGGCUGCACGCCGCCGUCACGCUGCGCCUCGAGUUCCCCGCAGCCGGACACGUGGUGGCCGCCCUCAGCGUGCGCCCCUUCGCCAUGCAGCGCCUCAGCGCGGGCCUGUCGUUGCCGCUGCUCACCUCGGUGGGCCUGUUGCUCUUCGCGCUCUACUUCUCCGCGGCCGAGGCGCGCGUCUGGCGCAGGGAGGGGUGGUCACGCGCAGCGCGACCUGGGACCUGGGCACGCUGGCUGCUGGUGGCGCUGUCGGCGGCCGCGGCGCUUGUUCGCCUCGCCCAGCUGGGUGUUGCCGAUCGCCAGUGGACCCGCUUCGUGCGCCGCCGGCCGCGCCGCUUCACCAGCUUCGAGCAGGUGGCGCAGCUGAGCGCCGCCGCCCGCGGCCUGGCCGCCUCGCUGCUCUUCCUGCUCCUGGUUAAGGCCGCCCAGCAGCUGCGGUUCGUGCGCCAGUGGUCGGUCUUGGGCAAGACGCUGUGGAGGGCCCUGCCCGAGCUGGUGGGGGCGGCCCUGGGCCUGGUGGUGCUCGCUGUGGCCUACACCCAACUGGCUGUUCUGCUGGUCUCCUCCUGCAUGGACUCCAUUCAAAAUGUGGCCCGCGCACUCCUGGUGCUGUGCCCAGGGGCUGGGGGCCCUCCCCUGUGCCCUGCCGAGUCCUGGCGCCUGGCCCCUCUGCUGUGCACAGGGCUCUGGGCCCUGCGGCUGUGGGGCGCCCUGAGGCUGGGGGCCAUCCUUCUCCGAUGGCGGUACCACACCCUGCGUGGGGAGCUCUACCGUCCAGCCUGGGAGCCGCAGGACUACGAGAUGGUAGAACUGCUUUUGCGCAGGCUACGCCUCUGGAUGGGCUUCAGCAAGGUCAAGGAGUUCCGACACAAAGUCCGCUUUGAAGGGAUGGAGCCACCGCCCUCCCACUCGUCCAGGGCCUCCAAGUCUUCCCCCGACGGGCCCCCACCGAGCGGGGGCUCUGACGCCUCACGACCCUCCACCACUUCCAGCCAGCUGGAGGGGCUGAGCGUGGGUCUGGACCGGCUGGGGCCAAGGGGUGAGCCUGAGCCCUCCCGCCUCCAAACUGUAUUUGAGGCCCUACUUGCCCAGUUUGACCGACUCAACCAGGCUACAGAGGACGUCUACCAGCUGGAGCAGCGGCUGCAGAACCUGCGGGGCCACAAGACGAGAGGGCCUCCAGCCUCGCCUCCCGCGGGCCCCUCCCCAGGCCUCCAGCCAGCCUUGCCCGGCCACCUUGCCCAGGCCAAUCGAGGCAUACGCCUGUCAGCAGGCCCCUGCCGCGUAUCCCUGCGGGCCAAGAACAAGGUCCACCCUUGCAGCACGUAGUCCCUGGAGACUGGGCUCAGGCCUUGACUCUGGGGGGUGCCUCAUGCUGGGCCCUCAGAACCGGAGCAGACACCGCUCGGUAUUCCCUUCCGCCAUCCUCGAGGCCCAGGCCAGGCAACAGCCGCAUGCAGGUCCCCCGGGGCGUGAGCAGCACUAGUCUAUCGCUCUGUGGGCUUUAGCACUUUACAGAGGCCACACGGCCAGCCAGGACCCAGGGUCCUCUCCCCAAGGGAGGGUGCAGCAGUAUUGGACAGAGGGCCCAGCCUCCAAGAUGCUAAUUUAUUUCCCAGUCCUCAGGUACAGCCGGCUGUGCCCAGCCCACCCCCUGGGCAGGCAGACACCUCCCACUGCUAAGGAUCCAGGCUGCAGGGAGGGACCCUGCACCCUCCUCCCUGUUAACCUUCCCCCUAAAUUAUUACCUUUCCUGCCCCCUUGCUGAGCACACUUAUCUCUAGCUGCUGUCUGUGUGUCUAUCGUCAAUAAUUUAUACGGGGUUAAAAUGUAUAUAUUUUUGUACAUUGCCCUUUCACAAAGGCUGAAAAGCCUAGUGGCUGAAAUGGCCCUGUGCCCGCUGUCAGUGCAGAGCUAGCACUCCUCCCCAGAUAACCUGCCCACCUGGCUGGGGCCAGUGAAGUGACAGCCGCUUCCUGGCCCCAGCUAUGGCCUUGGGCAGGUGCUGGGAUGGGACAGUUGGAAGAGCACAACCACCCCACGGCAGCUUGAUACCAAAGCGGCCUGUCCUGCCCAGGAUGGGGUUGGGCCUGCUGGUCAGGUCUGGGUGGGGAUAGGACUAGGUGCAUGGCAGAGGCCCCGGGUCAGGGGAGACCCUCCCUGGGGGCUGGCUCCCGGGGCUGGGGCAGGUGAAUGUGUGACAGUGAACGGGAAGUGCACAUGCCAUCUCCCACAGGGGCAAGGCCCUGACAGCACACUGCGGGAUGCACCGUGGCAAUGGGCAUGGCCACAGCUGUAGCCUUGAUCCCUCCCCAGCAGACAAAGUCAAAUAAAAGUUGGCUGACUGUGA